AUGAUUAAGUGUUUAGAGCACAGAUGGAAUUCCUGGGAACAGCCAUUAUUACUUCUUUCAUUUUUACUCCAUUCUAAAUACGGCAUAUCAGUAUUUAGCUCUAUAAAUGAACAGCUUUAUUUUCAACUUAGUGAUUGGCUAAUAUACUAUUAUUGUGCCUGGUUUGAUAAUAAACCUCAUACUCUUUUACCUGAACUUGAAAAAUAUCGAAAAGAAGAAAAGCCAUUUACUAAAUGUGUUACUAACCAGUUUAAUAAUAAUAUUAUGGGUUACUGGGAAUAUUGUACUACUUCAGCAAAAGAAUUAGAAAUUGAAUUAUCAAUAAAGCAGUACAAGCAAAAUAAUGUUGCCUUACCAAUACUCAAAGAAAAUGAAAGCAAUGAUGUGUUUAUAGUGGAUAAUGAUUCAGAUGAUAAAGCAAAAGAAGUUAAUGAAGAAAAUGAAGUUAUUAGUAUUAAUAAUUGGAAUAAAAUAAUACAACAGUGGGUUAAUAUGAUCUCUGAAGAAGAAGAGAAUGAAAUUGAUCUUACUGUAGGUAAAGAUAAUGUAGAUCGAAUUAUUUGUGAUACAGAUCAUCCAGCUAUCAACAAUGAUGCAAAGUGGAAGCUAGAAACUUUGUUCAAAAAUAAUAUUCCUGAUCCAGAAUUUAUUUAUAACUUAUAA